AUGGAAAGUGGUAUGCCUCUAGCAAGUAUUUUAUGCAAUAAACUGACUACUCUCACUUAUCUCGAAGUAGAUGAUGUCGAGGGACUUACCAGUCUUCCGGAAGUGACGUUACGAAACAACAAGAAUCUUGAAUUUUUGUCUAUUUCGAAGUGUCCUAAGUUGAGGUAUUUAUCUGAUGGGCUACUCCCACUCUCUCUCAAGGAGUUGGACAUAAGAGAUUGCUCCAGUCUAGCGUCCAUUCCAAUCGUCCCUGAGCAAGGCGGUCUCCCAUCUCUGCGCCUAUUGGUAAUGGCCGAGUGUUCUCAGUUAUCUAGUUUACCUGAUGGGCUACAAUACUGCACAUCUCUUCAAACAUUGGGAAUAUACAGCUGCCCAAAGAUAACAUCCAUUCCAGCCCAAUACUGCACAUCUCUUCAAUGUCUGGACGUACGGAGCUGCCCAAAGAUAACGUCCAUUUCAGCCCAAUACUGCACAUCUCUUCAAGAAUUCCGCAUAGCGAGCUGCCCAAAGAUAACGUCCAUUCGAAUUCCAUCUGAGGGCCUCCCAUCCCUUGCUGAACUGGAACUUUGGGAGUGUCCCGAAUUAUCAAGCCUACCGAGUGGACUAGGCUGCUGCACCUCUCUUGUGAAUUUGAGAGUAACAGGGUGCCCUAAGGUUCUACCACAACUUGACUUUUUGACGAUCGACGGGUGGCCGAAGAUCAAGUCUCUGCCUGAACAAAUUCAACACUUGACGUCUUUGACCUAUUUGCGGAUAGCUGACUUUGAGGGAGUGGAGGCUAUUCCAGAAUGGUUGGGAAACCUUGCAUCGAUCUCUUCACACCUUAGAUAUUUUCCGUUGCAAGAAUCUGAUGUAUCUACCUUCCGUCCAAGCUAUGCAUCUCACGAAAUUAGAAUGGCUACGUAUCUGCUCUUGUCCCCUUUUGAGCGAAAGAUGCACCGCGGAGAGUGGCACAGAGUGGCCUAA